GCGGCGAGACGGGCUCGGGCCCCAGCCCUGCGCGGCGCGAGAAAAUGGUGUUAUUUAAAUGAGCCCGAAGCCAAGAAGAGCCUCUAAACAGUUUCUGAGCCCGAGUCUCGGUGGAAGUCGGCGCGCGCUCCUCCCAGUUGCCGAGAGGUCCCGGGAUUCUUGAGCUGUGCCCAGCUGACGAGCUUUUGAAGAUGGCACAAUAACUGCCCAGUGAUGCCUGACCAUGACAGCAGAGGCCUCUUAAGCCGGCAAACCAAGAGGAGAAGAGUUGACAUUGGAGUGAAAAGGACGGUAGGGACCGCGUCUGCGUUUUUUGCUAAGGCCAGAGCCACGCUUUUCGGCGCCAUGAAUCCCCAAGGUUCAGAGCAGGAUGUGGAGUACUCAGUGGUGCAGCACGCGGACGGGGAGAAGUCGAACGUGCUCCGCAAGCUGCUGAAGAGGGCAAACUCCUACGAAGACGCCAUGAUGCCUUUCCCAGGGGCGACCAUCAUUUCCCAGCUGUUGAAAAAUAACAUGAACAAAAAUGGUGGCACGGAGCCCAGUUUCCAGGCCAGCGGUCUCUCCAGCACCGGCUCCGAAGUACAUCAGGAGGAUAUAUGCAGCAACUCUUCGAGAGACAGCCCUCCCGAGUGUCUUUCCCCCUUUGGCAGGCCUACCAUGAGCCAGUUCGAUGUGGAUCGCUUCUGCGACGAGCACCUGAGAGCCAAGCGUGCGCGGGUGGAGAACAUCAUCCGGGGGAUGAGCCAUUCCCCCAGUGUGGCGUUAAGGGGCAAUGAAAAUGAAAGAGAGCUGGCCCCGCCGUCGGUGAGUCCCCGGGAAAGUUACCGGGAAAACAAGCGCAAGCAGAAGCUGCCCCAGCAGCAGCAGCAGAGCUUCCAGCAGCUGGUGUCGGCCCGCAAAGAGCAGAAGCGAGAGGAGCGCCGACAGCUGAAGCAGCAGCUGGAGGACAUGCAGAAGCAGCUGCGCCAGCUGCAGGAGAAGUUCUACCAGAUCUAUGACAGCACGGACUCAGAGAACGACGAGGAUGGGAACCUGUCGGAAGACAGCAUGCGCUCCGAGAUGCUGGAGGCCCGCGCUCAGGACUCGGUGGGCCGCUCGGACACUGAGCUGUGUGAGCUGGACCCGGGGCAAUUCAUCGACCGCGCCCGGGCCCUGAUCCGCGAGCAGGAGCUGGCAGAGAACAAGCCCAAGCGGGAAGGCGGCCACAAGGAGCGGGACCCUGGGCCCAAUGCCCUGCAGCCGGAGGGCAAGCACCUGGCUGAGACGCUGAAGCAGGAGCUGAACACGGCCAUGUCGCAAGUGGUAGACACCGUGGUCAAGGUCUUCGCAGCCAAGCCCUCCCGCCAGGUGCCUCAGGUCUUCCCGCCGCUCCAGAUCCCCCAGGCCCGCUUUGCAGUCAAUGGCGACAACCACAAUUUCCACACCGCCAACCAGCGCCUGCAGUGCUUCGGGGACGUCAUCAUCCCCAACCCCCUGGACACAUUCGGCAGCGUGCAGAUGCCCAGUGCCACGGACCAGACGGAGGCCCUGCCCCUGGUGGUCCGGAAGAACUCCUCUGACCAGGUGGCCCCUGGGCCUCCCGCGGGCAGCCACCACCAGCCCCUGCACCAGUCGCCUCUCUCCGCCACCGCCGGCUUCACCACAUCCACCUUCCGCCACCCCUUCCCCCUGCCCUUGAUGGCCUAUCCGUUCCAGAGUCCCUUAGGUGCUCCUUCUGGCUCCUUCUCGGGAAAAGACAGAGCCUCUCCCGAGUCCUUAGACUUAACCAGGGAGACGACCAGUCUGAGGACCAAGAUGUCAUCCCACCACCUGAGCCACCACCCCUGCUCACCAGCACACCCACCCAGCGCCGCCGAAGGCCUCUCCCUGUCGCUCAUCAAGUCUGAGUGCGGCGAUCUGCAGGACAUGUCCGAAAUCUCGCCCUACUCGGGAAGUGCAAUGCAGGAAGGGCUGUCCCCCAAUCACUUGAAAAAAGCGAAGCUCAUGUUCUUUUAUACCCGCUACCCCAGCUCCAACAUGCUGAAGACCUACUUCUCCGACGUCAAGUUCAACAGGUGCAUCACUUCCCAGCUCAUCAAGUGGUUCAGCAACUUCCGCGAGUUCUACUACAUCCAAAUGGAGAAGUACGCGCGCCAGGCCAUCAACGACGGGGUCACCAGCACCGAGGAGCUGGCCAUCACCCGCGACUGCGAGCUCUACCGGGCCCUGAACAUGCACUACAACAAGGCCAACGACUUUGAGCAGGUUCCAGAGAGAUUCCUGGAAGUAGCGCAGAUCACGUUACGAGAAUUUUUCAAUGCCAUCAUCGCAGGCAAAGAUGUUGAUCCUUCUUGGAAGAAGGCCAUCUACAAGGUCAUCUGCAAGUUGGAUAGUGAAGUCCCUGAGAUUUUCAAAUCCCCGAACUGCCUACAAGAGCUGCUUCACGAGUAGAAAUUUCAACAACUCUUUCGAAUGUAUGAGUCAUCGCAGUCCGUUUGGAUGUCCAAGUUGUAUGUUCUAGAUUUUUAUUUCACACGUGUGUACGGGAGGCAUGGAUAUGUUAUGAAAUCAGCUGGUAAUUCCUCCUCAUCAUCUUUAUCUCAUUUUCUUUCUUUUUCCAUUGCAAGGGGAUGGUUAUUUUCCUUCAGCCUUUAGUUUAUUUUGCCCAAAGCCCUUAACAUUGGGAGACUUAAAAUAGGGUUAAUUUUCAGGGAAAAGCGAUGUUAGCUCAUGUGAAGCCUGGAUAAGCAAGAAGGGGCAUUUGUUUGACAUGCUUCUGCUUGGCUGGUAGUGGCUUGUCACUGGUGAUCGGUGAGGGCACCCGGCAAGACCCCACAGGCCGCGGAAUGGUUUUGCCUGCUAAGAAGGUCAGAAAACUCAAUGCAAACACUUCAUAAGCUUAAACACUUUGCUUGUUUUGAACUCAGUCAGUAGCUUCCAAAGACAUGGUAACGUUGGCAUUAAAAAGAAUGCCCGUGGUAGAUGAACAGCUCACUUUUCGAAAGUGCCCCACAAAACCAAAUU